AUGAAUCAUAUCACGAGUAACGAGUUUGACCCAUUCGAUAUCAACAACCAGACAACAACAACAACAGCAGUAUCAACAAAUACAUCGUACUCAAAGAGAGCAAGAAACUCAAGGUCAAGAGGAAGACAUAGUGAACCAGUAGCAUUUGAUCUAAACGUUGCCAAUAUACUAGGAUGUAAACCAAAUAGGAAACUUAAACUACGAGUUGGAAGCAAGGAAGUAGACUUGAACUUUGUACAUCGAUCAUCACUAGGAUCGCCACAAAAGGUGAACACAAAGAGUAGCAGUAGUAGUGGAGUUGAUAAGAAUGGAAACAAUAUCAUCAAGAACAAUCACAUCGACAACAAUGUACAUAAAGACAACAAAGCAAUAAGUACCAAACAAUAUCUGAGAAAGUGCCAGGCAGCAAUGUUCACUGCCAAUCCAGACGAUGAUGCAAUAUCACCUCCAUCCAAUCCAUUGGAUCAACCUCCACUACUACACCAACCAAUCAACAACAGCAACAAUAAUAAUAAUAGUAGUAUAUUUAAAUAUAAACCUAACCAAUUGACAAUGAACCUCAACAACAACAACAACAAUAUGGUGACUACACAUUAUGGAGAUGGAAGUGGUACGAGCAACAACACAUCCUUUAGCUUUGGUGACAGUCCAAUCCUGUUCAGCUCAUCAUACACAAAUGUAAAUAGGACAACUACAACUGCUGGCAACUCUGGAUAUCUCAAUGGAGCUGUCACUGGCACUGGAAAUGGCAAUGUCUAUGACAAUGGUGGAUACGAUGGAGCUGUCAACAACAUCUCACAACUCAGCUUUGACUAUGAUGUUGACUCUAUCAAUGUGCAACAAGUGUCCAACAACAAUGUCAAUCAUUCAAGCUCUUCAAUAUCAUCAGGGAAUUCACCGUACACUCUGAGGGUAUCGUCGGAACACAACUCAUCAUCAAUGCCCAAUAAUACUUGUUCAAUCUUUGAAGGAUCACCUUACACAUUCGUCCCCACCAACGUCGUUGCCAACACUCCACAACAUAUCGAAGACACUCCUGUACCAUCCAUUCUUGAUGACCUUGUCAAGAAUAGUGAUCAAACAAGCAAUGGCGAGCAGCAUCCACUACUACAACAUCAACAACAUCCACAACAACAAGAAGAAGAAGAACAAGAGGAUUAUAUGUUACCAACACCACCACCAAGUUGUGGACAAUCCACUCAACAAACAGAAGAUUGGCUACGAAUGAAUAAUACAUCAUUGACAAAGUAA